AUGAUCUAUCGUGAAGCACAACACAUUCUAUACUCGAAGAAUUUGUUGAGCUUUGUGGACGUGGACACCAAUGUUGCAGACUCCACGUGUGUGUUGCAACGGCACAUGGCAGCGAAUAAUUUCCUCAUGAUCCAGGACCUCCAUGUACACUUCCAGUAUAGGGUUUUGGAGAAAUUGGAACGACUCAGCGAAUAUCUGCAUCAUACAGCGAUGCACUUGAAGUCUCUAACAUUUUCUGAAAUAUAUCCGUGGGAUCUCACUGAAGACUGCCGCGGCCAUCGCGUUUUGGCGUCCUUUUUGGAGCACAAGAUUGUCGAUCGUAUCCAAUUGCGACAUCGAGACAGCGCGGAAAUACGAAACGCUAGAGAGCGAAUUCUACAGAAGCUGAACCAAAAUCAGCACAUCAGGUUUGUUGGUGCCGACCGGUCCAUGUGGGACAAAGAUUUUCAGGAUGGACCAGAGUCAUACGUCUACUAUUCAUUAUAUCUCCGUGAUCAAGACAUCGAUAUGACUUCUCAACAAGUGAACAUCGAUUCGACGGAACGUGAACAAGGGCGAGCCACAGACCAAAUCCUGUUACGUGCUUCACAAGUCAGUCUGGCUUCGAGGUGA